AUUAUGCUUGCCCACGACUUUCAUAUCCGUCUCCUUUGUCGUCGAGUUUGAACCAGUGGUGGAGAAAGAAGCCUAAAUAUUAUUCAAGACAUGAGCUAGGGGACCCAGUUAUAGCCGGGUGGAUGAUACAAUAUUCAGUCCCACAGAAAAGAGUGUGAAGUUGAUAUCGAUUAUUCUGUGAGUGAGGAAUAGUGUUGGUGUGUCAUUCUCAUUAUCAAAUGUUUGUGGUUCUUGUUACGAUCGAUUUUCUAAGGUCAGAAGAGCUAGGUCGAGUUGUCAUGAGUGUUUGUCCCAUUCACAGCGCGGAAGUCUCGCAAAACUACCGCAUGGGUCAUAAAACCACCAUGAAAACCCCGACAACUUGUGUGGGAGCCUUUUGAAAUCGGUGGACCUGAGAGUCUGCUUGGAGAAGGAAUGAACGGAACUAUUCAGUGUGCAUCAGCGAACUGAGGAAUGAGUGAGUGCUUGAGGAACAGGUGAGAGCGAGCGAACACCUGUUGCCUUGGACGAGCAGCAGCAGCAGGCACACACCCGCGGCGCCCGCAGGAAGGUGGUGUGGUGACAGCAGCAGCAGUCAAGAUGUCCACUCCAGCCAGAGCAGCUCCUCCUCCACCCCCUGUCAGGAAAGGUCAUGUACAGGCGUUUGAGGCGAUCUCCAACUAUAAGGCAAAGCGAGACUGUGAGUUGUCUUUCGAGGAGGGAGAUCUUCUCUUCGUGACAGACCGUUCUGACCCCGAUUGGUUUCUGGCCAUUGCUGACAAGAAGAAAGGUUACAUUCCCAGCAACCAUGUGAGCAGUGAGAAUGCCAGGAUGCCCAUUGUGGAUGCUGGAAGGAGAGGCAACUUUGAGCUCCUGGAUGAGUGCUUGGUGGCUGGAGUGUCUGUCAAUGCCUUGGACAAGAGUGGCUGCUCUGCCUUGCAUGGGGUUGCCCAGGGUGGCCACGUGCAAUGCCUCAUGAGACUUCUGAAGGAACCCAAGCUGGCGAUAAACCUGCAGAACAAACUUGGAGACACUCCUCUUCACUGUGCUGCAGUGCGUGGCCACAGUGAAGUGGUCAGAGUGUUGCUGGACCACGGUGCACAACAGGACAUAACCAAUAGGGAUAACCAAACUCCUCGCAGCCUAGCCAAGAAUGGCAUCGUCAUAUCAAUACUUGAUGAGGGGCCUGAGCAUCAGCAGAGGAACUCUGGUUUCGAGAGUCAUGACUAUGGUGCUGAAAACUCUGAUGAUUCAGACUGAAUAAUCAAAGUUGUGAUUUAGUAUAGAUGUGCCUUACUGAAGCCUUUGAUUGAGCCUCAGUGAUACCACACUGUGGCUCUUAUCACUCACCUUCCGAGCUGGUUCACUAAACUUAAGUUUUAUCCACUUUGUUAAAAACUCAGAAAAGUCUGAUAUAAAAUUACUACAAGGGAUUAUGCACAGCCAUAUAAGAUUGAAAUUAAGUAAAGCAUCUCCAUAGAGACUAGAACAAUGAGGUCUGAAUUCAAGCGCUAAUUACAACGUGUUUCUACACACUUGUUGAUGCUAUACGUAUAUGUUUUCCUUAUUUUCCUUCCUAUUUUCCUGACGGAUACCUCAAAAUUCUGUUAAAAAGUGACUGCUAUAUUGGUUUAGAGUAGUACACAUAAGUAACAUGAAAAAUCAGUUUUUCUUAAACGAGCUGUGGUUUGUGUUGUGUUUUUACAGUGACCUGCCCUAUCUAUGAACUAUAGCACAGCAUGGCUAUGCUGUAGUUCCUAACUAUUACUUUCUGAUUAAUUUUGAUUUUUUUGCUCUGUUGAUGAUAAAUCAGUCUGAGUAACCAAAAGUUAUCAUACUUGAUAGUAACAGCUCGUCACCCUUUAACUUUUCUGUAUUUUAUAGCUUUUCUGUUCAAUUUUGAUUAAUCUUUCAUUAUAUUUGUACUGACUCUUUUAUUUAUUAUAUUAUCUACUGUCCCUUUAAUUUCAUUCAUAAUUAUUGUAGUCCAGCACCAUUUGACCAAAGAUGAUGUGUUAUGAAUUUUACUGCAAAGUUAGUAUCAUUGAAUAAUGGUUAUUUUAAUCAUAAAGUUUUUAUUAAAAAGUUUGUCCUUAGGAUGCAGUGCUGCCUGGAUACUGCAUAACAUGCAGUUGACAAAGAGGCAAGAGGUUUGGUUAAAUAGUUGUGAACAUCAUUUCACUGAAGCUGGUGAAGCUUUGUCAGGCAACUCCCUUACUACACCUGCAGACUGAGAAGUAUGUUCUACAUUAUCUUCACCCUCAGAAUUGAGAUGAGCAACUUAUUUUAUAGGAUUAUUUUAUCAUGAAACUUAAUGUCUGUAUUAUUCAAAUCAACCAAUCUGAGCAGCAGCACAUUUUACAUGGUGUACAUAGAAUUUAUAAUAAUUAUCUAUGGGUAAUGUUAUAUUUUAAGUCAAAUACCAAAGCAACACAGGAGCAAUGUAGCACUUGUGGCUUAGCAGGAUGAGUGAAGGAGCUGGGUGUGUGUUUAGGGGUGUGGGGCAAGAAAAGGACAGAUUGGAGUAGGUAUUUGAGGGGAUGGUCGACCCUCAUUUAUGAACAUAGAUUGAGCAUUGGUUCAUGACUUGUGUAUCUUUCAGCAAUUACUGAUACAGGCAUUACUGAAGUGACAUGAUACAGUUGCAGCAAUAUCAGAUAGAUAAAAUGGAAGUUUCUGCAAAGAACUGUGUUUAAGUAUUUAGCAUACUGUAACAUUCCUCCUGUGCCAAAGGUUAAGUGUUUGUGAUAGAUUUAUUGAAAGUAACUCAUUAUGCAAUAUUGUCUUUCAGUCUAGUGUGUUAUUAGUUAUUAAAGUGCCUCACACAAA